UACAGGACGAACCAGAACACAGCAAAGAGCUAAAACAAAUAAUACCCCCAGAGAGUCUUGUAAAGUCACAAACGAAUGACAGGAAAAUGGAUUCAAGUGGCAAAUAUUUAGACACCAGCAGUCUUCUUUCCAAGAAAUUAUCUCAAAAUGGAGUUAAAAACAGCAACUUCCUCUAUGUGUCCGCUGCCAGGGAUGGUGUUGUAAGGCCAUGUUCUCCCACUGAGGAACAUCAAGAGAUGCUGCGAACAUGUAGAUAUAUAACUGAGUUAAAAGCAGAUGAAGUCUUGCCAGAUUGGAUUAUUGAAAAGAGUAAGGUACAUAACCAUACUGGAGAAUUUCCGUUAUUUAAACAGAAAAUGUUAUCAACCAGAAAGGAUGAACAGCUGUCAGGUCGACCCUCACUCCAGAGCCCAAAGCUAUCAAAAGCAGAGAGAGGACAGCUUUUCAACAGACUCGAGCAAUCACACAAGUAUCUGAUGGCUACCAUGUCUGAGUCAUCUAUCAAUGACCUUGCUAUCGAUCAGAAGCCACAAAUUACAACCUACACAAUUCAAUUUGGCAGGCCGACAAGAUCUAGUCUUCUACGUUCCGCACAUCAAUCUGCAUCUUUAAGUAGAACCAUACCAGGAGAGCUUGAACUGCAUAAACGAUCUCUGGGACAGGGUACAGGAAGGGCUUCCAGUCACAGUAGUGGGCUGCAAGCGAUGUCUCUAGGAGAGACGGUCCAUUCCUUUCUGGUUGGAGCUCGAUACAACAGGAACUGCCUGGACUCCCAAGCUUUUAAAAAAUAUGGGCUGUUCAUUUCCAGAUGCCAACCUCGAGUCACUUUUCUCACUCACUGCAGUGCAGAACAUCAGAGGAAGCCAUAUGAGAGUCAAGGGGAUGAUAUGAAAGGCAUAAAAAUUGGACACCGUCAAUUCGCAGUCAACUAAAUAUACGAGUAUAGAAAAAGGAGGCAAAAAACUGAACAUCUUAUUUUUAAUAUAAAAGACCCACAGAUUAUGUAUGCAUAUAAAUAAAAUUUACAAAAUAUG